AGGCAACAAAACUACACGCGUUUCAAAUUUAGUGUUGUACGUUCCCUUGUGGUUAAGAUGUCGCAAAUGCACGCAGUGGCUGAUGAUUUCGACGCAUCUGAAUUGAAAUUCUCUAAAGAUUUUGAGAAUGCCGAUACACUUAUGCUUGCUGAAGUUAAAAUAUUGUUGGAACAUAGAAAAGAACAAAAUGAAAAUGCAACAAUCCAUGAACUUGAAUUAUCACCAGUAUUUACAAAAACAUUAAAUUAUGUAACACAAUUUUCUAAAUUUAAUAAUCGUGAAACAAUUGAAAGUGUACGAAACCUUUUAACACAAAAACGAUUUCAUAAUUUUGAAUUAGCUUCAUUAGCUAAUUUAUUACCGGAUACAGCAGAAGAAAGUAAAGCAUUAUUACCAAGUUUAGAUAGUCCACGUUUUACAGAAGAAGAAUUACAACAAUUAUUAGAUGAAAUACAAUCGAAACGAAGUUUUCAAUCAUAAACUAAUGAGUAUAUGAAUGUUCUUUUUUUUCCUAUUUUAUUUAUGUUCAUACUAAUUUGUACAAAAUAUAUUAAUUCUAAAUAA